CCCCCCCCCACCUCCUUGUCAUACGCGCCGGCUUGCCAGAUGUCCAACCCGCCAUUCACGGUCAGAGCGGUCUUCGAGUACACUUCGGGCCACGAUGACGACCUUACCUUUCCAAUCGGCCAGAUCGUAACUGUCACGGAAGUGGAAGACGACGAGUGGUACUACGGAGAAUAUGUGGAUAAUACAGGGUCCAAGGCGGAGGGCAUCUUCCCCAAGAAUUUCGUCGAAAAAUAUGACCCUCCUGCCCCUCCCCGACCGACACGCCCGAGCAGGCCAAAGAAAGAACCCGAAGUUGUCGCUCCGCCCGAACCCGCCGUCGCUGAAUCCCCGGUGGCCGAGACCAAACCUCGACAGGAGCCGGAGUUAGACAACACCAUUAACUCCCAUGCUGCGGAUCAGGAGAGCAUACCUCAGUCUCCCGAAUCACCUCAAUCGACCGCGGCAUCUUUCCCCGCUGAGGCUCCGGCGUCGCCUCCCAAGCCAGUGCAAGCCCCAGCUCCCCCACCUCCACAGGCCUCGAAUGAAUCCAGUGAACCGGCUCCUAAAGCCGCAUCGAAGCCACCUCCUCCUGCAAAGCCUACCGGAUCUUCAUUCAAGGAUCGCAUUGCCGCAUUCAACAAGCCUGCUGCACCACCUAUUGCGCCGGUCAAGCCAGGUGGUUGGAGCGCUCAGAACUCUACUUCAUUCAUCAAGAAGCCUUUUGUUGCGCCGCCUCCAAGUAAAAAUUCUUACGUCCCCCCUCCCAGAGAGCCUCCUCCGAAAAUUUACAAGAGAGAAGAGGAUCCGGCGGUCCAGGAACAGCUUGCACGUGAACCCCCGGUCUCAGAAAGCCGGCCUCCUCCUGUGAGCGAGGCGUCGGAGGAAGCGGGCGAAGAUCAGCCUAAGCCAACAAGUCUGAAGGAGAGAAUCGCCUUACUUCAGAAGCAGCAGUUAGAACAGGCAGCUCGUCAUGCUGAAGCAGCCCAGAAAAAGGAGAAGCCCAAGAAACCCGCACCCAAGAACCCCGAAUCGUACGAUGAAGGCGCUCCCGCUGAGGCGUUGGGAUCCGAAACCACUGAAGACCACAGUCCCGACACAGUGAAGCCCCCGCCUAUUUCUGCUGCCCAGUCUGACGCUCCUCCGCCGCCUGCCCACGACUUGGCAAGCGAUACAAAUGAUGCCGAUGAUUCCGCUGCCGCCGAUACAGAGGAUGCAGAGGAAACCUCUACGAGCAAAGAAGACUACGAAGACCGUUCCCGUGCAGAAACUCGAAAGGAUUCAUAUGUUUCAGAGACCACUCAAAAGCACGAAGAAGAGAGGGCGGAGGAAGAACCUGAAGAGGAAGCACAGCAAGGUGAAGAAGAGGAGGAGGAGGAAGACAUUGACCCUGAAGUCAAGCGCAGAAUGGAGAUUCGGGAGAGAAUGGCAAAGAUGAGCGGCGGAAUGGGUAUGAUGGGUUUCUUCGGUCCUCCUGGAGGCAUGCCCGGCGCAGCUCCUCGUAAGCCAAAGACGCCUACAGAAACCGACAGGAAUUUCGGUGAAUCUGAAACGACCGUGCCGGCAGCAGCUCCUCCAGUCCCCAUUAUGGCUCUACCGGGAAUGAAUGCCAGCAAACCGGCCGCACCUCCCGCUGAUGUUGAGAAGGAAGAGGAAGCGCCUCAAGCCACGCCCGUGACAGAACAGUAUCAUGCGGAAAACAUUUCUGAUGCCGAGGAAGCCGCCAAUGAAGAACCACCUACGCGCGCUUCCAUUGACAGGCCUCCUCCUCCUCCGCCUCAUGGAGACCGACCAGCGCCCCCUCUUCCGCCAGUAGAGACGCGGCCUGUUCCACCUCCUGUGCCUCAGGAACAGCCGUUUUCGCCUCCGCCCGUCGCAGGGACUCGACCUGUCGCUCCCCCUACCAGGUCCCCAGCAUCCGGCGCUUCGGGUGAAGAGUCGGAUGACGAACUUUCUGUGCACGCAAGAAAUCUAUCCUUAAAUGCUGUAGCAGCGGAAAGAUCAGCCCCUCUACCACCGGCUGUGGCCCCUCCCAUUCCUGACCACUUAGACUCCCGUCGCUCCUCAACCUAUGAUUCCGCUUCCCCGAAAUCUCCAACUCUCGCCUCAGAAAAGAGGAUCAGCCGCCCUCCCCCGCCUGUCCCAAUGAGUCCUCCAUUGGGGCCAACACAAGCUAGGCCGCCACCACCUCCAAUCCCGGGGAAUGUUCGCCGUAGGUCUACUGCUGAUAGCCGGGGUACUACGGUCUCAUCUCGUCGAGCCGGUGAAGAUGUCGAGGGCGAGGUAACUGAAUACGAUGGUGACUACGACACCGAUAUCGCUUCAGGUGCAAAAUUCAAGGAUGCCCUGAAAGCCCACGGGCGUGAUUCUAGUAUGGACGAAGGCACUAAUACCGAUGAUCAUUCACUUCACUCUCCGACCAGUCCUAGACAGUCCCGCUUGCCACCGCCGCCUCCCCCUUCUGCUCCCAGAGCAGUCCCACCACCGCCUCCUACCCAGCCGCCUAGGAGUAGAGCUUCAAUGGACACCCCCAGGGGCCCUCCUCCACCGCCUCCAAGGGAGCAGUCCUUUGCUGAUGAUGACGAAUACGACCCUUUUCGCUAUACCGCCCCGCAGCACGGCUUGCCUGCACCACCUGCACCACCCGUUCCUAGCGGGCACCCCGAAAUACCUACUCCUUUUCAAUCCCAACCAGCGGCAGAUGACGAUGACGACCUCUAUGAAGCGUCUCCUGUACAGACACCACCCAAGGAAAAACGACCGUCUCUCGCACCUCCGCCUCCGCCAAGUCAGCCGCCUGCUGCACGACCUCCAUCCGCACCGCGAAGCACCCGUGCCUCUUUGGAUGUUCCUAGGACCCCACACAAUGUGCGGAGAUCUAUGGAUAUGACCCGUCCAUCCGUUGACCUCGGAUUCAUUGCCAUGGAUGUUGAUUUGGCAGAAAAUACGCUGUGGUGGGCGCAACCCAAGACUCCUCCACCAGUGUUCCAAAAUCGCAAGGACAUUCUUUUCGAAGUCGAGGAAUCCAACUCGACAAAGAGAGGUGGCAAAGCUACAAUUUCCAAGGACGUAUAUGUCCUUUUCAUUGAUUACUCCCAGACAGUGGUCACAGUGAAUUACGAUGCCCGUAAUCCAUCUGAUGCAACUUUGGAGCAGCGUCAUGAACCACCUCCAAUUCAGCCACGCCAAGACCAGCUCGAAAAUGCACAUUCUCAGAUUGGCGCGCGUAUUGCCAAUACCGCCAACGCUAUUCAAAACACAACGGUUCCGGACGGUACUCCGUUUGGCUUGGUCCAACAUCUGCUCAAUCCCAUUACGGAAGCUUUACUUCCUGUCGGCACCAGAGCUUAUGGUGCAUUGGUAUAUUCCAACCUGGCCAAUGCCUCCGUUCAGCAAAAUGAUGAGAUCCGUGCGGGUGAUAUUGUCAGUUUCCGCAAUGCGCGAUUCCAAGGCCAUCGUGGCACAAUGCACCAGAAGUACAGUGCCGAAGUCGGUAAGCCUGACCAUGUGGGCGUUGUUGUCGACUGGGACGGAACCAAGAAGAAGAUCCGUGCCUGGGAGCAAGGCCGAGAGAGCAAGAAAGUCAAAAUGGAAAGCUUUAAGCUGAAUGACAUGCGGAGUGGAGAGUGCAAGGUUUGGAGAGUAAUGCCACGGAGCUGGGUUGGCUGGGAGAAAUAAACCCACCAUAAUGCAUAAUGGGCUGCAGUUGGAGCCAUGUUUCGAUGUAAUGCCAACGAUCAGAUGAUGAAGAAAUGGGUGGAUCUGUCUACGGUGUAAUGUUCUUUCUUCUUUACCUUCUUGUCCCUUUCUUGAUGCCCUUGCUGGAUGGGGGAGAUAUAUGAAAGCAGAGUUGAUCGAACCGAGGAGAUGAGCAAAUGAUUUGAUUCUGGUAAAUGUUCGCAUUAUACACGGAUUGUGGCAGCACCUGCUUACGUGGGAGAACUUGUCCUAUUUGUGUUUGUUUUUUUGCCUUCACAUACUUUGUUCGUUUGUAUGUAUCUAUUCCGGCUCUUCAAUUUUUUGAUCAUGUAACAG